AUGCCUAGACGUGUGUUAGAUGUAGAUAGUCUAAUUUGUAGUGUACAUAAGUAUUUUACGGAUGAAAAAGAAAAUGGCGGUCCUUUAAAAUCGGUAAUGUCUGUUCAACAAGGCGUAUGUGAUGCUCUAGGAUUUAGUAAAACCAAACUAAGAGGAGUAUUACAAAAUCGCAAUAAUGAACAGCCGAAAGAAGAUCACCGAAAAACUCGCCUAUCAUUGAAAACGAAAGAUAUUCCAGAUGGAAAAAAAUUUGAAAUUCGUGAUACCAUUUAUCGAAUGCGGGCCAACAAGGAACAUGUGACCUUAAAUAAAAUUCUCUCAGAAUUAAAAGAUAGAAAAUUUGACGAAAUUGGCAGAACAAGUUUAUGGGGUGCAACCAAGAGAAUAUGGCAAGAUGAUAACGUAAAGUCUAUCAAACAUACUUAUGGAGAAGGGAAGCGACACAUAAUUUUACAUGCAGGAGGGAAAUCGGGUUUUAUAAAAGGUGCUGAUUUAAUAUUUUCAUCUAAAUCAAAAUCAAGUGACUAUCACGAUAAUAUGAACACAGAAAUGUUUGUAAAAUGGUUACAUGAAAAACUUCUCCCAGAAUUAUUACGCUUGGCAAAUAUCCACGCAAAACCAAAAACCUUUGUUGCGGAUCAGAUUAUUGAAAGUUACGGUCAUCAAGUUUUACGUCUGCCACCGUAUCAUUGCCAGUUUAAUCCCAUCGAAUAUAUAUGGGGAAUAGCAAAACAAUAUGACAACCAUAUUGGGCCUAACGGUUAUAGCGACGACGCAGUUCGGGAAACUUGGCGAAAGGCACUUUCAAUUGUAACUCCAGAAGUGUGGUGCAACUUUGCACCCCAAACUGGUUGGGUUACAUGGACAGCCAACUGCGAACCACUCGAUCUAGAUGGGCCUCCUCGAGAUGGAGGCUGGUCGGCCUGGUCACCGUGGACAUGUACAGCAUCCUGUGGCGGAGGUGAAGGAUUCAGAACUAGAACAUGCUCAAAUCCGAGACCGAACAUUUUCGGAAAAUUAUGCCAAGGAUCCCCAACUUCCAACGGCAAAUGUAACGACUUUCCUUGUGGUGACAUCAGUCCGGAAACAAUGGAUACAAUCAAGAAUCAUCUUCAAAGAAAAAGUUUUAAUUAUAUUGUUGAAGAAGGAUCUUCAAAGUUAAUAAGGAAUAAUAAAGAUGUAUUGAAACUAAUUGCGAAAGAAUCACCGAAGGCUUAUUAUGAAUGGACCUUGAAUGGAAUAUUCAUCAAACCAGAACCAAACAGAGUAAUUUUUCAAAAAGAAAAUAUUGAGGUUAAAAAUAUAAGACAAACAGACUCUGGAGUAUAUGUAUGUAUAUUAUUUCGAGUAAAUAAAAAACGAGUAAUUCUUAGAGUCAUAACUAUAUCAGUUAUCUCCCAAACAUUCGACAUUGAUACAAGAGCUACAAGAUCGUUAACCAUACCCUGCAACUCUGUCAUUUUAGCCUACGUAUAUACCGAUCUAAGCUUAGCAGUUCAUCUUAAUGAUCAAGUUUAUGUAGAUUACGGAACGACAAUGCUUUCAGCUGUAAACACUUAUCAAAUUGAUACUUUAAACAUGUCUCACACCGGCAACUGGACGUGCGUUGUAGAUCAAAAAGAUUUAAAAUUUAAAUGGACAACAAACUUCCUAAGAAUUAACGUUAAAAAAGCUCCUAAUUUGUUCACAAAUUUAAUGGAGGAUAAAUUGACGAAGCCUAUCUUCGGCUGGAUGAAAAGUGAGACUCAAGUCUUGGCUUUCCUAAAAAGACAUCCAACAACUGUACAGCGAACAAGUGAAGCAGUAAGUGACGCGAGCGAUUGUGUUUCGGAAGCAGAGAUUCGAAAAUGGUUCAAAGAUAUAAACAAUUAUCUUGUUUCCAAAAAUUUAAUCAUUAAUGACUCUUCAAGAAUGACGACGAAUCCGAUUCCGAUUUUCAGAUUUGCUCAGAAACUGGCAAAGUUUUUACUAGAAAAAGCACGAAAAAUGUUUAUUCUGUGA